AUGUGGCGCCUCAUUGCGUACUUGACGGGAGCAGCGGCGGCGACGGGGUACACUGAACAUGACCCCUACAAAUUGCCGCAACUGUACCAACUCGACAACUACGACCGUUGCCUCUCGCAGCCGGAGGGGCUCUACUGCUUGGGCACUUUCCGCCUCACAGCAAAUAAGCCCAAUGCCGUUUACAACUCCCUCAAAGAUUAUUCAUCCGAACCAAGAAAUUUUGAUCGCACUCUACUGCACCGCGGCUACUGCCUCAGUACGCGCUGUCCGUCUAGUGAGCGUAACUCUACGUCGCGCUUCGAGCGCUGCGUGGAGCAGGACGCGCUGGCGCCCGGUCUGAGCGCGUCUCUACAGAGUUACACGUGCACUACACAGGAUGACUUGCGAGUUCCCCACGCCAUAAGCAUCCCGCAACGUGCUUUUAUUGUAGUAGUUUGCGUAAUACUUUUCCUAAAUGCUGUUGGAACUUUGUACGAUUAUGUAGCUCGAGGGGAAGGCAAAAACAAACUGUUACUGGCGUGGUCGGUGCGCGCAAACUGGAACCGACUCUUUGCCAUAUACGAGAAUGGCGAUCCGAGACUGUCCGCACUUGCUCCGGCGCAGGGUAUCAGAGUGCUGUUGUUGGCGCUGGUGAUGAUGACUCAUGCUUCAGAAAUACUUCACAAGAUCUACCUCUACAACCCGGAGUUCUUUGAACAGGUCCUUCAAUACUCUGCCACCAUACUGGUGCGGAACGGAACAUCUUUAGUGCAGGCGUUCUUCGUGCUCUCCAACUUUCUCUUCGCCUAUAGACUGCUGCUCUUCUCCAAGCAGAUUAAGCUCAACCUCACUCAUCUGCCGUUGUGUAUCGUGUACAGACUAGCCAGGUUGUCACCCGUACACUUGCUGGUGGUCGGCUUUGCGGCAACGUGGUGGCAGCACAGCGGCGACGGGCCGCAGUGGGCAGCCACUGUAGGCGCGGAGAGCCAGGUCUGCAGCAAGAAGUUCUGGACCCACGCUCUCUAUCUGAACAACUUCUUCUAUUCAGAAGAGCAUUGCUUGUUACAGACGUGGUUUUUGGCUGUGGAUAUGCAACUUUUUAUAGUGGCCUCUGUAUUGAUGCUGUACCUAGUGCAGAAGAAGAAGAAUCCAGUGCCUGUUCUGACUCUGCUCUUUUUCCUGUCCUGCUUGUUGAACGCUGGACUAGCGUACAAAAACGAGUGGAAGUCAUUGUUAUACAUUAUGGUCCCUGAAAACGUGCGCAACACUUUCCGAGGUAUCCCGUCGUUCAACCAGUUCUACAUCGCACCGUGGGGCAGCCUGCCGGCUUGUCUCAUUGGCUUGCUCACAGCACAGAUACACUUCAAUAUGCAGGAACAAGGAUACAAGAUAUCUAAGCACAGGUGGUUCGUGUGGCUCACGCACAUGUCGAUCCCGCUGCACGUGAUGUGGAUCCUGGCGGGCAACAGGAUGCUGCAGCAUUCAUCCCGCGCCGCCACCGCGCUCUACGUGGCCGUGGAGCGACCCGUGUUCGCGGUACUCGCCGCCAUGACGCUCCUCGGCUUUGCUAAUAACGUAGAUAAUCAUUUCCACCGACUGGCGGCGUGGCGCGGCUGGGCGGCGCUGGGCCGCAUGUCGCUGUCCGUGCUGAUGCUGCACUGGCUCGUCAACAUGCAGCUCGCGGGCGCUCGGCGCACGCUCACUGAAGUCAACAUAUUAAACAUCGGCGCGGAUUUGCUGUCGACGUGGUGGUGGACGCACGUGGCGGCGCUGCCGCUGACGCUGCUGGUGGAGUCGCCCGCGCAGCGCACCCUCACCGCGCUCCUUGUUUAGGGGCAAGCCU